ACUAUGAAAAAGGGGGUAAAAUUCACAAACAAACAUAUAUUUUUUUUUAAAGAAGGAAGAAGUUUUUUGGCAAUGUACUAUUUUUUAUAAGGGUGUAUUAAGUAUUAAGUUAGUUUCAAUAUUAGGUAUUAAUUAAUUUAUUUAUAUAUUUUAUUUUGGUUUCAAACCAUCCAGUUGGUGGCGGCAAUACACCUUUUUGAAUGUAGUCCGCCAUAAAACCCACAGAAGAAGAAGACGAAUACGAAGAUGAAGAAGAAGAAGAAGAAGAAGAAGAAAGCGAAAACGGAAAAAAACGAAAACGACAAAGAAGAAGAAAACAUUGAAGAAGAAAACAAAGAAGAAGAAAACAAAGAAGAAGAAGAAGAAGAAAACAAAGAAGAAGAAGAAAACGAAGAAGAAUAAAAACAUUUUUGCACGUUUGCAAUUUUCUGCACAUGCAGAGGUUACUUCUGGUUUCUACCACAGUAGCCGCAAUACAGUUUUCAUUGAUACAUCCCACAAUAUUUGGCUAUUUUGCAGAUUCAGUACAUUUAUUUAUACAUUUGUUUAGUCAUCAUGUCGGGAAUACCACCAGAUACCUGGCAGCCACCCACAGUGAGCCUGGAGACAACGUAAGCACCGAAUGGGUACAAUUGUAGUGGAACUGUACUGGAGACAUGCUCCCAAAACGUGCAAAAACUUUGCUGAGUUGGCCAGGAGAGGUUACUACAACAACACCAAGUUUCAUCGAAUUAUCAAGGACUUCAUGGUGCAGGGAGGAGACCCCACAGGAACAGGUCGUGGUGGUGCAUCCAUAUUUGGCAAACAGUUUGAAGAUGAACUAAACCCUGACUUGAAAUUCACAGGUGCAGGGAUCUUAGCAAUGGCCAAUGCAGGACCAGACACCAACGGAAGCCAGUUCUUCCUUACCCUAGGGCCUACUCAGUGGUUGGAUGGGAAGCACAGUAUCUUUGGGAGGGUGUGCCAAGGUAUAUCAGUUGUCAACCGCGUCGGCAUGGUUGAGACGAACUCACAAGACCGACCUGCCGAUGACAUAAAAAUCCUCAGGACAACUGUACCCAACUGAGACUCAUUCAUACAACCAGCAACUACUUUCUUGUACAGUCAUUGUGUCAUGAUUUAUGCCUUUGAUUCAUUUUGUUAUUCUCAAAUCAAUAAUGUAGCCUAACCAUUGUGGUCAUUAUCACUAAAAUGAUUGAGUGACAUGGUAGAAAUGACACACUUGAGAAUAUGCCUGAUGUUUAUCUAAUGAUUGCAGAUAAAUCUCAACCUGAAACUUGAA